AUGGAGAAUUUUUUUAUUAACCGUUACGAACGAAGGUACGAAGUAAUAAUAAGGUACGGGCGCGCGUUACACGCAGCCUCGUCGCGUCGCCUAGGUACUAGACCCGUCCAUGGUCGAAACCCUUCCAUCACCGCGAGCGAACGCAAGCGUGUCAACGCCAAGACAGGUGUCACUCAGGGUUGUGUUCUGGGGUCAGCCUUCUUCUGCCUGGCUAUCCAGCCAAUCAUCGAAGAGGCGCUCGCGUCCACCUCCGUCCAGGGCGCACACGCAUACUGCAUCGCGGACGACAUCAACCCCGCGGGCGAACCCGGACAACUCAUCCAAGCUGCCAUACGCCUGCAAGAGAGCCUACGACUGAACGCCGACCUCACCGUCAAGAAAAUCGACAUCCUCCUGGGAUCGCAAUGCCGCCAAAUCGACACCACCGAGCUCACCGGAAUGGACGGCCAGAUCAACAUCAUCAAUACCGCCGGCGUCGACGUCGGCCAGGAACGCGGCGGCGACUCCGGUGCCCGCAUCGUCGGCGCCCCCGUCGGUUCCCCGGAAUACGCCGCAAAGUUCGUCGCUGACAUCGUCGACAAGCACCGCGCCCGCCUCGAUCACAUCGCCAAGUUCGGCGAGGCCGGCCAUGCACAAGAGGCGCUCCUGCUGCUGCGGCUAUGCGCCUGUCCAAGGAUUACCUUCCUCCUCCAGUGCGUUCCUUACAACAUCGCCCCCCAAGCUUUCAACGAUUCCUACAGGGACAUUCUCGGCGCGUUUGGACGCAUCGCUGGCAUGACCGAAGAACUCGACACGGCUGACGAAGUCACCCGCGGACGCAUCGCCCUGCCCCUCAGGCACGGCGGCCAAGGCCUCACCGAAACCUCUCACAUCGCAGACCAGGCCGCGGUCGCCAACUGGGCAGCAUGCGCACCGUUCCUGGCCAACACAGCCCAUGCGCUCUCUGACAUUGCCAACGAGAAUCCAGGCCCGCGCCGCAGCGCACGCAACGCCGCCGCCCAUCGUCGACGGGAACACAGCCAAAGCGGCCCUUGCCACGGACACAUGCGGCCCGCGUGGGACAGAAUCCGCAACCUCGGAGACGAAGAGCAGAAAAUUCUGGCAGCAGCGGUGCAUAAGGAAUUCAUCCCGCUCGUGAUGGACACGUACGGACGGAUGGGCAAACCGUUCCCCAACCUCCUCAAAGACGUCGCCGCACCCACCGCCCACCGAGCCUCGGGCAACGCCAACGAGCGAACGCAAGCCAUCUACGACUCCAUCGACCCGCCGAACGAGCUCCGAAACCGAAUCCACCUUCGCAACCUCGCCCUCGUACACGUCGCGCUUAUCAUCUCGCUCAUGCAAAGGGUCGCCGGAUCGACCGUCACCAACGACCGCCAGCACGGCGCUCGUGGCGGAAUGUACGGUGCACACGAACACUACGUGCAGCCGUACCCGGUCACGAACUCCUAA